GCUUGGCACGAAACAUCUCUAUGAGUUCAUCACCGAUGCCUAUGUGUCCUACCAGCAUUAUCAGAGGGGCAAGCUGCACCUGCACGAGUUCAGCUUUAUGUCUGGAGACUUUGUGGCGGCCUUGAUCUUGUUGGACUUCCUCUACCUCGUGCUGGCAGAUGAAGGAACUUUACUCCUAUUGCUCGGCUGCAAGGAGAUGGAAUUGCAAGACGAAGAGGCAGGUUGCGAGCCCGAAGCCACCAGGUGGCAAUGCAUCCUGAAGAAGCUGCAGCCCUUCUUGGAAAGCUCAAAGAAACGUCACGAUGUGGUCAUGCUCUGCGCCUCUGGUAUUGUGGUGGUGCUUCUGGGAGUUCAACUGGGUCUGUUGAAUAUCUACGCCUGCCUGGCUGCCGUACUUCUCUUUGGCGCUUUCCGCGGCUUUCAACUCUACCAGGAGUUCAAGCUUCCGCUGAAAGGACAGAAGUGCUGCGUCUGAAGGCCUUCCGUCUGCAGUUCUCUUCCGGGUUCCACGACGCGGGCGACGCGUUUUGCGACGCUGGCCGUGCCGUGAAAA